AUGCAGCCGGACCCUAAAGGCCCCGGGAGGGAGAAGGCGCACGCUCGGCUGCCGCCGCCGGUGACGGCGCCGUCGGUGGGGCGGCCGGCGUCGGUGCUGCCGCACAAGACGGCGAACGUGCGCGACCACUACCGCAUCGGGAAGAAGCUGGGACAGGGGCAGUUCGGCACGACGUACCUGUGCGUGGACAAGGAGGACGGCGGCGAGUACGCGUGCAAGUCCAUCCCCAAGCGCAAGCUGCUGUGCCGCGAGGAUUACGAGGAUGUCUGGCGCGAGAUCCAGAUCAUGCAUCACCUGUCGGAGCACCCCAAUGUGGUUCGCAUCCGCGGCGCCUACGAGGACGCCCUCUUCGUGCACCUGGUCAUGGAGCUCUGCGCCGGCGGCGAGCUCUUCGACCGCAUCGUGGCCAAGGGGCACUACAGCGAGCGUGCCGCUGCCCAACUCAUCAGGACGAUCGUGGGGGUGGUAGAGGGGUGCCACUCGCUCGGUGUCAUGCAUCGGGACCUCAAGCCGGAGAACUUCCUCUUCGCGAGCACGGCCGAGGACGCCCCACUCAAGGCCACGGACUUUGGGCUUUCCGUCUUCUACAAGCCUGGAGAUAAAUUUGCAGAUGUUGUUGGGAGUCCCUAUUAUGUUGCACCUGAGGUGCUUCUAAAAUGCUAUGGCCCAGAAGCUGAUGUCUGGAGUGCCGGAGUAAUUCUGUACAUUUUGCUGUGUGGUGUACCUCCGUUUUGGGCAGAAAGCGAAACAGGAAUUUUCAAGCAGGUUUUGCGAGGUAAGCUUGACUUGGAAACUGAACCAUGGCCUAGUAUCUCUGAUAGUGCUAAAGAUCUAGUUCGUAAGAUGCUUAUCCGUGAUCCUACAAAGAGAGAGACUGCUCAUGAGGUUCUGUGUCAUCCAUGGAUUGUUGAUGAUUCUGUUGCACCUGACAAACCUAUUGAUUCUGCUGUUUUGUCAAGGCUGAAACACUUUUCUGCAAUGAACAAGCUGAAGAAGAUGGCAUUGAGGGGACCAAGCGUGUUUGUGUUCUUGCAGGUCAUUGCUGAAAGUCUAUCUGAGGAGGAGAUCGGUGGCUUAAAAGAAUUGUUUAAAAUGAUUGAUACUGACAAUAGUGGGACAAUAACUUAUGAAGAACUGAAGGAUGGCUUGAAAAGGGUGGGAUCCGAUCUAAUGGAACCUGAAAUCCAGUCUUUGAUGGAUGCGGCUGAUAUUGACAACAGCGGAUCCAUCGACUAUGGUGAAUUCUUAGCAGCUACAUUGCAUGUGAAUAAACUGGAGAGGGAGGAAAAUUUGGUGUCAGCAUUCGCAUUCUUUGAUAAAGAUGGAAGUGGCUUUAUAACGAUUGAUGAGCUCUCGCAAGCAUGCGAGAAAUUUGGCCUUUCUGACGUUCAUCUUGAGGAUAUGAUCAAGGAUGUGGAUCAAAAUAAUGAUGGACAAAUUGAUUACAGUGAGUUUGCGGCUAUGAUGAGAAAGGGUAAUGCUGGUGGCUCCAGUGGGACCAGUGGGGCUGUUGGGGCAGGAAGGAGAACCAUGAGGAACAGCCUGCAUGUGAAUCUGGGCGAAAUAUUGAGGCCCGGUGGAUCCACCUAA